AAUUCGGUGUGAGUGAGACGUAAAAUAUUUUCCCUGCCAAGACAAUGAGAUCUGUCAGAUUGAACUGAUUAUCAUACUUUCUUUCGAGUAUCGCCGGCUUAAUUUCGCAUAAAUCGACCAAGAUGAGUCGCAAUAGUACAGGACCGUCGUUAAAGAAGAAAUUUGUGGGUCUAAUUCGGCAGAUCUCGCAGCCUGGUGGGUCAGGGGGUCUUGGCGGCGACCAACAACAAACGACCAUCCCUCGACCUGACACCUUCAUUCAUAAAUAUUUACAAGGGGAGAUGCGAGGGGUCCAGCCAGCCAUCGUGUAUGGGAGGACAUGUGAGGAGCUACCAUCUCGUGCCCUGCGUUCACCACGUUCACACGUCUUGGCGGCGUUCACUGGGCCGGGAGGUGGCCUCACAUCUGUCAACCGAGGAGGACACCCACCCCUGCAGCGAGAUGAAGCCGACCUAGACUACAUAGAUGCUGAUGACGCCACAUCUGACGCUCAACCUAAUGCCUACGUCACGUCUCAGAAACCUCCCCCACGUAAGACGCCUUAUGCAGACAUAGCCGCAUACUUCCGCAAACGAGAUCCUAAAUCGCCUGUCCAUAAAAAAUCCUGUGGUGGUGUUAGUGAGGGACGCAGUAUGGACUCGCUAGACUGUGAGGCUCCUUCGUGGAGAGGGGAAGCGCCGUCCCCACUCUCCCCAAACCCUGGUCGAGCCCCCCCGGCUGCCUUCCUCCAGUUUGGUGAUGGACCCCUCAACUAUGGCCUUACUCUCCCCCCAGAUGGUGGUGGUUCAAAUAAUGGUUGUGCUAAUGGGAAUAAUAGUGGUGGUGUUGGUGCUAGUAGAAAUAGUUGUAGUAGUGGUUAUGAGAGAAAUGAUAGCGAUGUUGUUGUUAAUAAUGUUGAAAGUAAUGGAGAUGUAAUGCAGGACAGUAGUUACGAUGCAGGUGGCUGGUCUAGUAGUGGCAGCGCAGGCAGGAGUAUAAACACGGACAAUAUGGGCAUGGUAGAAGCCGUACUAGUUAGCUGCAGGGAUGAAGGUGGAGGAACAGUCAACAAACUCAUGAUGCAGCCCACCAUGUGCCCGACACUGGAUGAUAACCUUAAUCCUCUCAUCAUGGUGGAAACUCCUCCUGCGCAGGUUACCAAUGUUAUUUUAGAUAACCAGACAUAUGAAUCUGACACCCAGAGCACCCCCACCCAGACAGACAAUGCAGACAGAGCAUGUGAGAACGGAAACAACAAUCCCAACGUCAACCCUCCUGACGACAGCAUCCCCUUAGAAGUCAACGAGGGUGGUCUGGCCAACCAACGGGCCAAGUUCCUCACUCUGGAUUUGGUGGAAGCUGGGGCAAUGGCAGUCCCCGACCCAGAUUUAAAGAGGAGUGAGAAGGAGGAGAUCGCUGGCCUCCUUAACUGGAAUCGACCUCACAAACGAGCAUACGGUCUGUCGACGACUCUCUAUGAACGGCAUCCUGUUACGAGCGAGCGAGCUGGUAACCCAAUAGCCGACGCAUUUGGAGUUGUAGCGCGCGAAGACAGUGCCAUCCUCGCCCUGGCUGAUGGGGUCAACUGGGGGGAGAAGGCCAGUAUAGCCGCUAGGUGUGCCAUCCACGGGUGUCUGCAUCACCUCAACACUGCGCUCUACUCCCCUGCUGCUUCACCCCCUGAGACAACAACACAGGACAUCUUCGUGGCUCUCUUACGAUCAUUUCACGCAGCACACAGCCUCAUCCUCCAAGAAGAUGGCAUGCUGACCACCUUAACUGCCGCUGUAGUGGCUCCUCUGUCGAACAAGGAACAGUUUGUGGUGUGUGUGUGUAAUGUGGGAGAUUCGCUGGCUUAUGUCUACUCUCAGAAGUAUGGCGUUCGAGAGAUCACACAAGGUUCACAUGAUAUUUAUAGUAUGCGUGAUAUGAGAGAUGCCUUAGGGGCCUUGGGCCCUGUGGAUGGUCAGAAUCCUGAGCUGAACAAUUUGACUUGUUCUUUAACCUAUUGUGAUCCUGGAGACAUUGUCUUUCUCACCAGUGAUGGCAUCUCAGAUAACUUUGACCCUGUAGUUGGGAAGUUUGCCAUUCCUAGGAAAGAAAAAGAAACCAAAAGUUCCUCUAGAGAAUCACAGAGCACUGAAAGACCAAAUUCAGGAAAGGGACCCAGGGAGCAGCAGAAUGGAGGCCAGGAACCACACGGGGAAGGACAUAAGUCAGAAGGAAAUAAGACACAAAAUUCGGCAAGAGAACCUCGAGGCAGCGGACAAGGGAGACGGAACGGUGAGAGACAACAGCCUACCCGACAACAUUCUCAGCAACAGCAGAGAGGCAGAGCAAGAAGACCCCAGCAGGGAGCUAAAGAACAGCCUGCUGGACCAGGACGAGGAGUAAAACAGCCUGUAAGCAAUGUCAAAUCAGUGGGCGCUGGUCUUCCUGAGGAUGAAGAUGUCAGUACAGACCCAUUUCUGCCAUUGGUUGAGGCUCACCAGAGACAUGAACUGACUUUAUUACGAAUGGAAGACCUUCUACGUUGUGGCUUAACCAGCAUGGGCCCUGUCACCACUGCCCAAGGUCUCUGCUUAGAGAUGGUUCACUUUGCCACUAAAUUGACAGUAGCUAAACGUCGAAUUCUCGAAGAUCCAGACUUAUACCCUUCAGCUUCGAAGGAACUCUCCCGGUCAGACCAACGCAACAGACGUAGAAAGGUUUGUGAGAAGCUGGCUCUAGUACCAGGCAAGUUAGACCAUGCAACAGUGGUGGCAUACACAGUUGGUGCCUAUCGAGAAGAUGAUUCUGUUGAACCAGAAGAGCCAAUUAGGAAACCGAUAUUUAGAGCAGCUCCCCUGGCAUCUCCCGACUCUACUCGCAGCUUAAUAUCUCAGUUGGAUGAGGUCCGACCUCCAGACCUCCCAGCAGCUAGUACAAGCACUGCCAUGGUGCAUUCCCAUAACAAUGAUUCAGAUCCUUUGAAAAAGACAAAUCAAGGAUCAACUGAGGGAAAAUGGGGGGAGAAGGGGGCACAGACGCCUCGCAACUCACAAAACACCUACUCACAAAAUAAAGAAAACCUGAGCCCAAACACAGGUCAGGUACCUUGUAGGUCAACCCUUAUUGAAACUAUUGUCUGAGCUCCACAUAUCUGUGAACUGUAUCUUCUGGUAUUUUUAGGCACUUUUCUAUAAAAAAAAAAGAGAGACCUUAACAUUUAUAUAUUACUUGAUUAGUAAAAUACAUAAUAUUAUAUCCUGCAACAUUCCCCAUGUGAGACCUUCCUGCCUCUCUCCCUGCUGCUUUCUCUGAUUUAGAGAAAGUUAUUUAGAAAUUUGAGUGACUAGUGAAUAUUUAAGUAGCUAAAGUUAUGAAGUACUAUAUUGACAUUGUUUAACAGCUCAAGUUCCACAACUCAGGAAUACUUUUUUAUUCCUUCAUUUUAUGCAGAGUCGUCUUCUGCUGUAACAAAAUAUGAUAUUAGCACAAAUAGCUCUGAUAAUCAUCAUAUUUCAGAACUUAACUAUUUGCUACCAGAAUGAUUGUGAAAAUACCUGUAGUUAACAUCAGUGGUAGUAUUGUAAUCCUGUUUGUUAUACAGUAUUGUAUAUUGUAUUCAAAGAGAUAAUAUCAAGAUAAUUAAUAAAAGCAAAGUACAGAAAAGGAAAUUGCCCUAUGGUGCUCCUUAGGGGAUCACAAAAGGCAUUGUUAUAAUAAGUUGUGGUCUAGAAGGUGUGUAGGUAUACGUUAAGAAACUAUCUGUGAUGUUAGCAACAAAGAUCAUAAGUAUAUAAAAAACUAUUGUAUCAUUGUCAUUAAUGAGUUAUAAUACCUGUACAAUUAAAGAGAUUAUACCGUGUCAACAAUGAUUCAUGAGUGAAUAUGUGGUUGAUAUUCUGUUCUGUUUUACGAGGUUGUUGGUCAUCGUUCUUGGUCUCCCAUGAUGCUGUCGAAAUACAAUACACUGUAUGUACAGUAUUUCCAAGGUCAAGAUGCAUUGUUAAAAAAAAAUAUUAGAUGCCUUUCACGAGGUAUCACAUUCAUACACCAUUUUGCAUUUCCACAAGUCAUUCCAACACAUGAAAUGUUAGUCUAGUCCAAUUAGCACAUUUCAUGACACUUGCAAUGCCAUAAUCCUUCUAGGAAUACACUUUCAAUUUUAAUUGCUUUCACAUCCAUGUGCAUGGCAAGAGAGAUCUGAAGAAUAUUGUUGUGCAUUGUGACUUGAUAGAAACAGCAUUUUCUAUUAAAUAUUAUAGUCAUUCAGUUUUAUAGUUUUUCCUUUUUACAAACCUUUUCCUGCUUCAGCACACAGUGGUCAUAAUUAAGAGAAACACAGACUCCCCAUAUGUUGUUCAUUUAAUCAAAUGUCAUAACAGAUGUACUUUUUCACUUCAUACAACUCUGCAGUAAUUUGGUUAUAAUAAUGAGUAUCAACAAACUUUCCUUAAUCUUGUUAAUGAUCUAUUGUAGAAGCUUAAUACAUACAGUACUUUUUCUUUAAGUUUAUGGUCACUAUUAUAAAAUUCUAAUGGCACAUAUUUUCUACCAAUGGAUUUGUCUGUCUGAAGGUAUUUCAUUGAUACUCAUUACAGUAAUUAUAUUCAGUCAUAAUGAUCAUGCUGUUUUUAUUUAACAAUCAAAAUUCAGAUCUCCAAAGUCAUUGUCAACAAUGUGACAUUAACAGGCAUUUCAUUUCACUUUAGGAAAAGGAAUUACCGGUAAGAAUAACUAGAACCAAACAUGUGAUAUAUCCACAAAUGUCCGCAAUCCACUGACAUAAGUCCAAGAGGCAUUUUAUUAUAUGUGCAGGUCCGAACUUCAAGUAGUACAGUACUGCCACUAUUUAGGGAAAUUUAAAAAAAAAUUCCUUGUCAAACAGCAAAUAUUAAUUGGUUCUUGUCUACCAUGAAACUGAUCAGUGGUCCAUGUGUAUGGGCUCCCCCUCUGAGCUGAAUAAAAUCAUCUGGUGUUACCAAAAUAAAAUAUUAAAAGUUUCCUCCCUGUAGUGAAGGGGUUAAGAGGAACAAUACUCCUGCUAAGUUUCAAAGAAUUUGUAAACCCCUUCAAGAGUUACAGGUCGUGGACUUGGUGAUGGUGUGCAAUUCCCAAAUAUUCUGUGAAUUGGUCUGGGAUUAUAAAAUUAAAUAAUUCUCUAGAUGCUGUUGUAUAUCACAGGUGGCAAAUUUUUUUUUGAUUAACCUGUAAUACAGUACAGCAGUACAGUUUUAUUUUUUUCAAGGACCAAAUUUCCAAGGCCACUCUGGGUUUAUUGAUUCAGUCAUAUAUAGUGUAUUUCUGUGACCUGAGGUUUAUUGCCCUGGUGUGAUCAAACUGCAUGACCUGUCUAGAAUUAUAAGACUAGUAUCAAUUUAGUGACAAUCAGUGAAACUUUAAGGGGUGAAAUAUUUGUUAUAUGCAUCAUGAACAGCAGUUUAUGUCACAGGGAUAAAGUGGGUAGUACUGGCUGACACUUCCUCUCCUCCCACCCACCCACAAAUAUGAUGAUGGUUCUUGGAAAUGUUCUUCUUGUUUAUAAGGUUGUUAGGUCAGAGUUUCUCAGUACUAUACUGUACUAUACUGGUGUAUUAGAAUUUUUAGGUCAUUUAUAUUGGGUGGGUGUCAGAAAAGGAAAUGUUGCUGUAAGAGCACUUGUCUUUCUGGAGUGCCAAGUUGGACUCAAACACCUAUGACGGUGUUACAUUACUUAGUAAGAAUAUAAAAAGUUUACUUUCACCAGUGCCACCUUCACACAUUUUAGUACCAUGCAAAUGUAUGAUAAAUAUGUGAAAAUAAA